UUUCUCUGCUACCAGUCAUUAUUUUAUCUCAUCUCUUAAUCCGGGCACCAUUCCACUACGUCAUGCACAAUCUCGCGACCGCUGUGAGCGACGGCUUCAGAGGCCGUCGAACGAUCUAUGCUCUAUCCGACGAAUCCACCAUCUCUGAUGAGAGAUUGGAAGAAUUGAUCAAUGAGGUGGUCCUACACACCCCUAGUGCUUUCAACAGCCAGGCAACACGCCUCGUGGUUCUACUCAAAGAUGAGCAUCGGAAGCUCUGGGACCUGGCAGCAGAAGUGGCCUCCUCGACAGUGAGCCCGGAGUUGUUUGAGAAGCUCUACAAGCCACGGAUUGCCAUGUACCGUGCUGGAUACGGGACUGUAUUAUUCUACGAAGACCCGAUGCCUCUGAAACGCCUCGAGGAAAAGUGGCCUAUGCUCAGGGAUAAAUUCCCACAAUGGUCCGAGCAUUCCAAUGGCAUGCAUCAAUUUGCACUUUGGGCCCUCCUGGAAGCAGAAGGGCUGGGAUGUAAUCUUCAGCAUUAUAGCCCCAUGCUGGAUGCUCCUAUUACUCAGCAUUGGAACGUCCCUGGAAGCUGGAGUCUCAAGGCUCAGUUGGUUUUCGGGAAGCCAGCCGGUUCCCCGGUGGAGAAGACCUUUGAGCCUCUAGGCCAGAGAGUAUUUAUCCACGGAUAGUUUUCAAGCUACUGGUUACUUUGACAUGAUACUCCUGUAUUCUAGCUUUCAAAUUUGCUGUCUGUGCGAAGAAUACGUGUGGCUAUACUUGAUAUGCAUUAGAGGAUUACCAUUUUCUGUCUUGCUGUCUGAGAUGGAAUGUAUUGAGUCGAGUGCCCAUCCCAGACCAUAUUCUCGGAGCAAUCGAUGCAAC